AUGUCUGAUCUUGAAACAAAUGAUAAUCUCAUUAUCUCUAUCGAAGACGAAGUGAACGCGAGUCGUGGCUAUACAGCAGCCCUUGGUAAUCCCAAGUACAAUGCCCUAGACCUUCUCAACAACGAGAUUGGUGGUGAUACGCCUCCUCGUUAUCUGAAGGAGACCCUUGGUGAUCAUUAUGAAACCCGUAAUCGCAUGAAUGCUAGUUCUAGACGGUGGGACAUAUCAAAACUCUAA